CCAGUCUUUGUCUUCAUGAGAGUGGAUGUAGAUCAAUAUAAUUCGUCCCCAGCAAUCGGACCUUAUUUCAAUGGGCUAUAGCGUGGAUUUCGAUGUUACUUGACAGUACCCCCGCGCCUAAUGGUAGCAGGUUAGAGGUAGUGAGUGCGUCACCCUCAGCUACCAAGCCGAUGGACACCGCAGUAGUACACGCCCUGCGCAUCGUCUACGCAGUCUUCACGCACUACGCUUGGAUUGUCAUCGUCUUCCCUGGACUUUUCGGUAAUGUUAUGUCAAUCAUUAUAACACUACAGAAGGACAACAGGCGAAUUUCCACAUGUAACUAUAUGACUGCUCUCGCCUUGGCCGAUUCGGUAGUCCUGAUUGAGCUCGCCUGGGGAUGGAGAGGACUUGGGUCUUGGUUCUGGGGGCCGGACUCAUCACCCUCAGAGUUUGCCAUGCAAAUGAUGUGGUACCAAGCCUAUGCUUUCGGCAUCCUUUCUGGGUUCUACCUCGCCGAGAUGACCAUCGACAGGCUCAUUGUAGUAAGGUUCCCGAUGGCAGCCCCCAGACUGUGCACGACACGCCGGGCCUGUGUCACCAUAUGCGUGACCUUAGUAUUGGUCUGUGGACUUAAUCUCUACAUAUUCUUCACGUACCGAUAUGUUCGAGACAAGGAAACUGGUAAGAAACCUCAGAUGACAUCAUGAUGAGCCUCCGUGCGGUGUCAAUACACCGAGGGUCAAGAUGCGCGUUUUCUGGAAGCUGAGCAAUUAGGGGAAGGUUAACAGUAUUUUUCUUGCUGAGGCGUGGCGCUCAUUUUUUUCGUCGGUUGUUCGCUUCUCCGGCCCUGCACACAACGUCUAUUCGAGGGUUUAUGUGCAAGGCCGGAGGAGCGAUUUCCUCAGAUGGGCAAUACUGAUGUAGCCACGGCGUGGAGGUACUGCCAUGGUCGACAGAACAGAAAUUCAAAACAAUACUGUUUUGUAUUGUAGCCCCUACUGUCUGUAUGCGCCAUCUUUUAUAGGGUUCAGUAUGGUAUGCGCAGGACAUUACGUUUUCUCUGCAAGGUCUCUUGCAAAGUGUCAUCAUUCCAGGUGAAGGUGUUCUACGCAUGACCAUCGAAGACGCCCCUGAAUUAGAAACACUCGGAAACAUGUCGCAGUUGGUUAUUGGGGCGAUUUUGCCUUUCGUCAUCAUUGUCUUUUGUAACGUUUGGAUCAUCAUCGUACUACGCAAAGCAUCCACCAAAAGCGGGAAAAUGGGCGUAAGCGCUGAGGGACAAAAGACGCGGGAGAAGGAGACAAUGUACUUGACCAGAAUGUUAAUCCUUGUCAGUAUUGCAUACAUCGUGACGUCAAUUCCGUAUAGGUUAUAUGACGUCAUCAUAGGACUACCAGACGUCUCAUCUCAUUACAAGAUGAACGAAGAAUACUGGAAACUAAGAUUUUAUUGUCAACAUUUAGUUAUAUCAGAGUUUUGGGGGUUUAAUUAUGGCAUCAACUUUUACUUGUACUGCUUAGGAGGUGGUCAAAAGUAUAGAAAUGACGUCAAAGAGAGAUUGGGAAGGGUAUUUCCUUGUUGCGUCAGUCGUUCCAGUGAAAAACAACCCUAGGUUUGGCCCGGUGAUCUUUUAGACCUCCCCGAUAGGUGCGUCAGGCAUUACUAGCCUGUGAAUAUUCUUCAUGUUUUGAGGAUGGGUCGCUUCCUCUGAAAGCCAGUCAUUGGCCAAUAUCUUUAGGUCUGUGUUUGUGGUAUUUUCGCACGCCUGUGACUGCAUGGUGAAAUAGAAAUCUGUGUCAGCGGAGAGAUUAUUAAUAUCUUUCCAUCUGCUUUCAAAUGGAGAAUACGUCCUCCACUGACUGCGCGGAGGUUAUACGCACUGUGGUUUGUAGGGACAUAUUCUUUAUCCCAUGAUUGCGAACGCAACAGUUUCAAACGUGCAAGCGUAAUUAUUUGAUCAUAUUUCCCGGAUAUUUAAACAUAGUAGGCAGCUUCAACACGUUUGCAAUAAAAACGUCAAAUCUAGCAGAGCUGCACUCAUAAUUGCAGUUUUUUUCGAAAUAAUCGUCGUCGUCGUCGGCGUACGUGUCUGUGGCAAGAGAUCCGACGCCUACAAAAUCGCAGGCUCUAAAUGGCGGAGCAAACUGAUGUGGUUGCGGUCUCAUCAGGGAUCGCAGCGCCCGUUGUUGACCACGAUGUGCUGGUUCUUCGUGUCGUAUACCAAAUCUUCACGAAGUACUCGUGGAUCGUCAUCAUAGCUGCCGGGCUUUUCGGAAACGUGAUGUCCGUCAUCAUUACUCUACAAAAGGACAACAGGAGGAUUUCUACUUGUAACUACAUGACUGCCCUCGCCAUUGCCGAUUCUGGUGUCUUGGUGGUGGAGCUUGUGUGGGGAAUAUUUCUGCACAUCUGGGACACGAACCCGCCAACUGAGUUCGACAUGCAAUUGAUGUGGUAUCUUGCGUAUGUUUUCGCCAUUGCCUCUGGAUUCUAUCUCGCCGAGAUGACAGUGGACAGACUGAUAGUGGUCAGGUUCCCGAUGUCCGCCCCGGCGCACUGCACAACUCACCGCGCCCUUAUAACAAUCGUGGCGACAUUCGUUGUAAUCAGUGGUCUGAAUCUGUACAUAAUGUAUGUAUACAAAUAUGUGGAAGAUGAGGACACAGGGCAAGGUAUUCUGCGCAUGACGGUAGAAGACGCCCCUGAAUUGGAAUCUCUUGGUAAUUCAGCGCAGCUAGCUAUCGGGACGAUUCUACCUUUUGUGAUAAUUGUCUUUUGUAACCUGUGGAUUUUCAUUGUGCUGCACAGGGCAUCAAAAGAAAGAGAGCGAAUGGGUGUCAGCAAGGAGGGGCAGGAAACGCGGGCGAAGGAGACAACCUACUUGACGCGAAUGUUAAUCCUCGUUAGUAUCGCCUACGUCAUGACGUCAAUUCCGUUCAGGAUGUAUGACGUCAUCAUCGGUAUCCCAGAGGUCAAGGCUAUAUAUACUGAGAAUAUGAAAACGGAUGAGUACUGGAGCCUGCGGUAUUAUUGUCAGCAUUUCAUCAUGUUGAAUAUCUGGGAGAUGAAUUUCGGGAUCAACUUCUACCUUUAUUGUGUUGGCGGCGGCAAGAAGUACAGGAAUGAUGUCAAGGAGAGAUUGGGGAAUAUGUUAUUUUGUUUUCAGGCUAAGUAG